UUGUACUUGCGAAGUAUUACCUGGUAAAAGAUAUUCCCAACUUCAUUUUCUCUCUGUCUCUCUCCUUCACAGUGGCAUCUCUUUCAAUCUUUCUUACAUAAAUCCUCUCUCUCAAUCCUCAUCCUCGUUUCUUGAAAUUUUCUCUUAACUACUUUUAUGUACUAAAACCCCUAAAGGAUUUCACUGUUGUGUUUGUAUGUUCAACUGCAAAAAAUGUUUGAAGGUGGUUACAAAUCGCAAUAUCUGGGUGGCCAAAGAGAGAAGUUUGUCAGGUUGGACGACUUGGACUCCAGAUUAUCAUCAUCUUCUGAUACAGGAGUGAAAAAAUGUGGAUUUGGCAUUAGUCAUUCUGGUCAGGGAACCAAUACAACUUCCAGAUCUUUCAAGAAAGGAAUCAGAAAGGGAUCUGAAGGACUUAAGUCUAUCGGUCGGUCACUUGGAUUUGGGGUAUCUCGAGCAGUAUUUCCAGAAGACCUUAAUGUUUCAGAGAAAAAAAUAUUUGAUCCUCAAGAUAAAUUUCUCCUGUUGUGCAACAGAUUAUUUUUCAUAUCAUGUAUUCUGGCAGUAUCUGUGGACCCUCUAUUUUUUUAUCUUCCAGUUUUUAAUGAUUCAUCACACUGUCUUGAGAUAGAUCGAAAAUUAGCAAUUACAGCGACAACUUUGCGGACAAUUAUUGAUGCUUUCUAUCUUAUUCGCAUGGCUCUUCAGUUCCGAACAGCUUAUAUUGCUCCUUCUUCUCGUGUAUUUGGGCGAGGUGAACUUGUGAUAGAUCCUGCACGAAUAGCAAAGAGAUACUUGCGUCAAUACUUCUUCAUUGAUUUUCUUUCUGUUGUUCCCCUACCACAGAUUAUCGUAUGGAGGUUUCUUCAAAGAUCAAAAGGUUCAGAUGUCCUAGCAACCAAACAGGCCUUGCUUCUCAUUAUCUUGCUUCAAUAUAUUCCUAGGUUUCUUCGAAUCAUACCAUUAACUUCAGAAAUGAAAAGAACAACAGGGGUUUUUGCUGAAACUGCAUGGGCUGGUGCUGCGUAUUAUUUGCUAUUAUACAUGCUUGCUAGUCAUAUAGUUGGUGCAUUCUGGUAUUUGUUAGCUGUACAGCGGCAGGAUACAUGCUGGCAAAAGGCUUGUAGUGAUCCUAAAAAUACUUCAAAAUGCACUAAGGAUUUCUUGUAUUGUGGCAAUCAACAUAUGGAUGGUUAUACUGCCUGGAGCAACAUCAGUGAUGAUGUUCUCAAGUCACAGUGCGCAGCAGAAGAAGAUGGACCAUUUGAUUAUGGAAUCUACACAAAUGCUUUGUCAUCCGGCAUUGCCUCUUCUAAGAAGUUCAUCUCUAAAUACUGUUACUGCUUGUGGUGGGGCCUUCAGAAUUUGAGUACGCUUGGCCAGGGUCUUCAAACCAGCACAUAUCCAUUAGAGGUUAUAUUUUCCAUAGCACUGGCUAUAUUGGGGCUCAUUCUUUUUGCACUUCUGAUUGGGAAUAUGCAGACUUAUCUUCAGUCACUUACUAUACGAUUAGAAGAAAUGAGGGUCAAAAGGCGUGACUCAGAGCAAUGGAUGCAUCAUCGGUUGCUUCCACAAGACCUUAGGGAACGGGUGAGGCGCUAUGACCAGUACAAGUGGUUAGAAACACGUGGGGUGGAUGAAGAGACUUUGGUGCAGAGCCUACCGAAGGAUCUUAGGAGAGACAUCAAACGUCAUCUCUGUUUGGCAUUGGUGAGAAGGGUUCCUCUAUUUGAGAAUAUGGAUGAGAGAUUGCUUGAUGCCAUUUGUGAGCGGCUUAAACCUUGUUUAUUUACAGAGAGUACUUAUAUCGUUCGAGAAGGAGAUCCAGUUGAUGAAAUGCUUUUUAUCAUACGUGGUCGCCUUGAGAGUGUAACUACAGAUGGUGGGAGGAGUGGUUUCUUCAACCGCAGUAUGCUGAAGGAAGGAGCUUUCUGUGGGGAGGAGCUUUUAACAUGGGCAUUGGAUCCUAAAUCCGGUGCCAAUCUCCCAUCUUCUACCCGGACAGUGAAGGCAAUAACAGAAGUAGAGGCUUUUGCCCUCAUAGCUGAAGAGUUGAAAUUUGUAGCUAGCCAGUUUAGGCGUCUUCACAGUCGGCAAGUUCAACACACCUUCCGUUUUUACUCACAACAGUGGAGGACAUGGGCAGCUUGCUUUAUUCAAGCUGCAUGGCGGCGCUAUUCCAAAAGGAAGAAUAUGGAGCUACGUAAGAAGGAAGAGGAAGCAGAAGCAGAUGAAGCCCAGAGCAAUGCUAGUGGAGGUUCGUACAGCAUUGGUGCUACCUUUUUGGCUACAAGGUUUGCAGCCAAUGCUCUUCGUGGUGUUCAUCGAAAUCGGAAUGCGAAGACUGCUAGGGAAUUGGUGAAACUACAGAAGCCUCCUGAACCUGAUUUUAGUGUUGAAGAUGCAGAUUGAUUUGUAAUUUAUGACUCACUUUAUAUGCUGGUGACUGACUUUGUAUUUUAUAUGCUGACCAAGGCAAACUCGACAUAAAAUAUAUACUUUCUACGCUGGAAUUGUCGUCAGAUUCACAAGGCCAUUCAGAUUAUUAGGCUUGCAUUGCCUCA